AUGUCGUCUCUCUCGGCCGCCGCCGUGCGGUCUUCCAAGCAGAUGAUGGCCCGCCGCAACCUCUUCCACCACCACCAGCUCCGCGCUCUCUCCGACGUCACCAUCACGCGCACCGGCAAGCCCAUCAUCCGGACCCAGGGCGGAAGAUCCUCUCUCGGAGGUCACACAGCUACGGUGUUCGGUGCCUCCGGCGCUCUCGGUCGCUACAUUGUGAACCGCCUCGCUCGGCAAGGAUGCACCGUCGUCGUGCCCUUCCGCGAGGAGAUGACCAAGCGGCAUCUGAAGGUGUCUGGUGAUCUCGGGCGCGUCAUCUUCAUGGAAUACGAUCUGCGCAACACAGCUUCCAUCGAGGAGAGCGUGCGGCAUUCCGACGUCGUCUACAACCUGGUGGGACGCAACUACCCGACCAAGAAUUUCACACUCGAGGACGUGCACGUCGAGGGGGCCGAGCGGAUCGCCGAGGCCGUGGCCAAGUACGACGUCGACCGGUUCAUCCACGUGUCUUCGUACAACGCUGCCGGCGCCGAGACGUCGCCGUCCGAGUUCUUCCGGACCAAGGCGCUGGGCGAGGCGGCCGUGCGGGACAUUUUUCCCGAGACGACAAUUGUGCGGCCGGCACCCAUGUUCGGCUUCGAGGACAGUCUGCUGCUGCGGCUCGCUGGCGUCUACAACCUGCUCACGUCCAACAACAUGCAGGAGCGGUACUGGCCCGUCCACAUCAUCGACGUCGGCCGGGCGCUCGAGCUGAUGCUCUUUGACGACAACACCGCCGGCCAGACGUACGAGCUGUUUGGGCCCAAGAACUACUCCACCGCCGAGAUCGCCGAGCUGGUCGACCGCGAGAUCUACAAGAGCCGCCGCCACAUCAACGUGCCCAAGGCCGUGCUCAAGCCGGCCGCCACCCUGCUGAACCGCCUGCUGUGGUUUCCGGUGAUGUCGGGCGAAGACGUCGAGCGCGAGUUCAUCGACCAGACCAUCGACGAGACCGUCAAGACGUUCAAGGACCUCGGCAUCGAGCCCGACGAGAUCAGCGACUUCACCUACCACUACUUGCAAGGAUUCCGCAGCUCGUCCUUCUAUGACCUGCCGCCGGCAACAGAGCGCGAGAAGCGCGAGGACAAGCAGUACCUGCACGUCGUCGACGACCAGUAG